AUCCGAAAGUCCCCAAUAGAAAAUAACGAAGUUUGAGGUUGAGGAGGACAAGUGGUUAGGACAGCUAUGUUCUCGCUCCGAAAGAGCCACGAAGGGUGUUGUGUUGUGUGUUUGCCUGAAAAUACAUUUGACCAAUCCCCCGCAUCUCUUUCCGCCAAAACAACCUUUUUUUCCUUUUGCCCAAUAUAUAUAGUUCCAUUUUAGUCCUUUUCUUUAGCGUCCUCAUUCUAAUAUUCUCUCCUUUUCAGUUUCACCCCCCUUUGUCUUUCAUCAAUCUUAAGUUAGAGAUGAGUGAAGAAGCCAAUCAGGAACAGCAUCCGGUGCAGCCACCACCGCGUCAAGUUCCCCGUUUGAAUGAGAGGAUUCUUUCAUCUUUGUCCAGACGAUCAGUUGCUGCACAUCCUUGGCAUGAUCUUGAGAUUGGACCUUCUGCUCCACAGAUUUUUAACUGUGUGGUUGAGAUAACCAAGGGAAGUAAGGUCAAAUAUGAGCUCGACAAGAAAACAGGACUGAUAAAGGUUGAUCGAAUUUUGUAUUCAUCGGUGGUCUAUCCUCAUAAUUAUGGUUUCAUCCCUCGCACAUUGUGUGAAGACAACGAUCCGAUGGAUGUUUUGGUCCUCAUGCAGGAACCAGUUCUUCCUGGUUGUUUUCUGCGAGCCAAGGCCAUAGGACUAAUGCCCAUGAUUGAUCAGGGAGAGAAAGAUGAUAAGAUCAUUGCUGUCUGCGCUGAUGAUCCAGAGUACAAGCACUACAAUGACAUUAAAGAGCUUGCUCCUCAUCGCCUUUCGGAGAUCCGCCGCUUCUUUGAAGACUAUAAGAAAAACGAAAACAAAGAGGUUGCAGUUAAUGACUUUUUGCCCUCUUCCACUGCCACUGAAGCCAUCCAGUAUUCGAUGGACCUUUACGCUGAAUACGUUAUGCAUACUCUGAGGCGGUAGACGCAGACCGAUUUGUGUCUAUUUGAAUAAGUCGUUUAAUCAGCGAUGUAGAAGAUGUUAUGAUGAAAAACUUUCUUUUGAGUUCUGAUUUCAUUUUUGCAACUGGGGUAGUGGGGAAUCCCUUGUUUGGUUGGUUUAACAAGCAAAGAAGAGAGAAUUGCCAGUGAAUGUUUCUUUAUUUAUAUGCCUAUAGAUAAAGAUUGGAAAUUUGCUUAAAAGAUUGGAAAUUUGCUUUAAGCAGUUCACAAUCCUUUAUUCAACUGAUAUUUAUUCGAAAUUAUAUAUUGAUCCCAACAUUCUUGUUUCAA